CCGCCCAUUGCAGCGGAAUGGAAAUUGUUUCGGAUCCGGAAUCUGUUAGACAGCGCUUAGUCGAUAGAUUCAUGUCCACCGGCAAUACAGAAUGUCUGCAUCUUUGGGCGUAUAAUACCCGACCAGUAGGAGCACACUGGUUGCUGCUUGCUAUCAACCCGAUAAGGGAAGUCGUGUAUUAUCUGAAUUCGGUAAAGGGUGAAUGGACCAAUUAUCCGGCCAUGAAGGAAAUCGUUGAUUUAUCAAUACAAGUAUUCCGUAGUCAACGGGACGCACAGGUAUCCCGGACUAAAUCAAACAACAUCACCUGGAUCGAAGUGCAGUGUCCGCUACAGCGUAACAGUUCAGACUGCGGAUACUUUGUAUUGAGGUUUAUGAAAGAAAUCAUUCAGGCGAAUCAAUUAGAGAUUCCUCCCACGUACCUUGACGAAUUCCGUGCUGCUGGGUACUCGAAGCUAAAGUUAGAAGAAAUCAAAGAGGAAUUGUGUCAAUUUUAUAUUAAGCUAUUUUUCAUGCAGAUUUGAACUAUAAUAUUGUUGAUUUUGUAAUGAUGUAUAUAUAUAAUUUUGUAAUGAUGUAUAUAUAUAAUUUUGGAUAUUAUA